AUGACAAACUUGCGCACUUUAUGUCUUAUCGAGAGUAAUAGCAACACUACCACGUAUAUCCUCUGCCUGAACCGCUCAGCAGUGAGGACAGAUAUAGUCAUCGCUACCUUGGUGAGGCGAAGCGCCGCAUAUGGUCAGCUAAAAAAUGUCAUAUUGCUUUUAAACACUCCACACAAGUUAUUCGAUCUUCGGCUAUUCUCCAUCUAUCUGGCGGAAAUGCAGUCCGCCAACCCUACUUGCCUUUUUUGGCUGGUAAUUAAGAGGAAUUGCUCGCCAUUCUACAAUGGCUGCAAAUGUUGA